AUGUGUCUGUUCCGCUUAACAUUUCAUAGCCGUUUUUGGGCUGUUGAUACUAGUGAUUAUCUCCGCAUUGAUAAUCAAAAUGAGCAACUCCUUGAUUUCUCCAAUCUUGUCCACAACACUAACUGGGCUCCUAGAUCAAACUUAGGUGUCCAAUUAGAUCAACCUGAACCUGAGUCCAAGUCUAAUAAAGACGAUCCAGUUCUCGACGUUGUUGCUCUACGUAUUAUUACAUUUCCAAGAUGCCAUGUUCCUCAACAUUCGGAUCGUAUCGGCACCACCCGUUUGGGAGACGCUCUGGUUUCUCAGGCCAAACGUCAACCAAUACUGGAACGACGCCAAUCAAAUUGGUGGACAAACGGAUUAGGACAAAGGGGUCUAAAUGGAGAUGCUCCAAAGCGGGACAGUUCAAGGCCGAAGAUGAUGAAUUUUCCUUAG